AUGCAGGUUGGGAGUAUGAUCGAGAAGGGUCGUGAGGCUUAUUUGGUUACUAUAUCGAUGCCAGAGUCAGUAGGGCAGUCUACGAUUAGCGGUAUUCAGUUCUCAAGAGCUAUUCGACUCUAUGAUGGGGUCAGCGCAAAGUGUAUACGUUCCAUUAGUGGUGCACAUGGAAAAUCAGAGGUCACAAGCGCAGUGUUCACUAAAGAUCAAAGGUUUGUACUCUCAUCUGGAAAGGAUUUUGCAGUUAAGUUAUGGGAAAUAGGUUCAGGUCAAAUGGUAAAGGAAUGUCUCGGAGCAAAGCGAAUAAAACUGCGGUCUCAGGCAAUCUUUAACGAAAGUGAAGAGUUUGUAAUCUCCAUAGAUGAAGCAAACAAUGAGGUUGUUACAUGGGAUGCCAGAACUGCAGAAAAAGUGGCAAAAUGGCCUUCAAACCAUAACAGUACACCGCAGUGGAUUGAGCACUCGCCGGUUGAAUCAGUCUUUGUUACUUGUGGAACAGACAUAUCCAUUCGGUUCUGGAAGGAAUCCGUCUAG